AUGGCCGCAGUCACGCAGACAUUUUACCCGUGGAUCUCUGACUGGUCUGAGCUAUUCUGGACCGGCCUGAACGAGAGAGACGAGAAGGGAAAAUGGCAAUGGACGACAGGCAGAGAAAACCCCUCGUUCACAUGGUUGGAUGGUGAGCCAAACGAUUGGGGAGGACAGGACGAGCUUUGCGCAGCUGGUUAUGCAAGUGGCCUCCUCCUCGAUGCCGCAUGCGAAUACCCCUUCAGAUACCUCUGCAGUGUGGAAGCGAAGAUGGAGCAUUGCCCAGCUCCCUGUGCCCAAGAGACGCCUGGUUGGAAUGGAGACACAUGGCGUUGUAGAGAGCAAGGCCCGGAAGGCGAGUGUCAAGAUGGUGGCUUCGGCACUGUGGCAUUGAUGGGCGGAGGCUCUAUGGGCCUUUUCUACAUCAUCUCUGGCUUCGUGAUGGCUGUGGGGUAUUGCCAG